AUGUCCCGCUGCAUCCGCCCGCUUGGCCGCCUGGCCGCCUCUCUCGGCUCCCGGACGACGGCCCUGAAGACUGCUCGCUCGCCGUUCUCUUCCAACACUCUCCGUUCUCUAGGGGCCGUCUCACAGUCCAGCAGCCCCUUGGUAGCCGGCUGGUCCGCGUCUCAGAGAAGGUCUUAUGCGUCGACAUCUGGUACCAAGGAGUACACGGUGCGUGAGGCGCUGAACGAGGCCCUUGCUGAGGAACUUGAGACGAAUCCCAAGGUCUUUGUCCUGGGCGAGGAGGUUGCGCAGUACAACGGUGCGUACAAGGUCACGAAGGGCCUGCUCGACCGCUUCGGCGAGAAGCGCAUUAUUGAUACCCCGAUCACCGAGUCUGGUUUCUGUGGUCUUGCUGUCGGUGCCGCGUUGAGCGGCCUUCACCCCGUGUGCGAGUUCAUGACCUUCAACUUUGCCAUGCAGGCAAUUGACCAGAUUGUCAACUCGGCUGCCAAAACCCUUUACAUGUCUGGUGGCAUCCAGCCUUGUAACAUCACCUUCCGCGGCCCCAACGGUUUUGCCGCCGGUGUUGCUGCCCAGCACUCGCAGGACUACAGCGCGUGGUACGGAAGCAUUCCUGGUCUCAAGGUUGUUUCGCCCUGGAGCGCGGAGGACGCCAAGGGUCUGCUGAAGGCUGCCAUCCGUGACCCCAACCCCGUUGUCGUUCUGGAGAACGAACUCAUGUACGGCCAGUCCUUCCCCAUGUCGGAGGCUGCUCAGAAGGACGAUUUUGUCAUCCCCUUUGGCAAGGCCAAGGUUGAGCGCGCCGGUAAGGACCUUACCAUGGUGACUCUCUCGCGCUGCGUUGGCCAGACCCUGGCUGCGGCAGAGAACUUGAAGAAGAACUACGGAAUCGAGGCCGAAGUGAUCAACCUGCGUUCCAUUAAGCCCCUGGACAUUGAUGCCAUUGUCAAGUCUGUGAAGAAGACACACCGCCUAGUCUGUGUGGAGUCUGGAUACCCGGCUUUUGGAGUUGGUGCUGAGAUCCUUGCUCUGACCAUGGAGUAUGCGUUCGACUACCUCGAUGCCCCUGCCCAGCGCAUUACUGGCGCUGAGGUGCCGACCCCUUACGCCCAGAAGCUCGAGGAGCUGAGCUUCCCGACGGAGGACCUCAUCGAGAAGUUUGCCGCCAAGCUUCUGCGUGUCUAG